GGAGUGGCCAUGUGCCCGUGGUUGCCAUGGUGAACUGCUCUUAUCCCAACAAAGAGCCAGAACAAAUUGGGUUGAACUCAUACAUCUCUCUCUCUCCUUCACAUAAGGGUUUGCCUCUCGGAGGUAACAGCCACUGGACGCUGACUUCAAGUGCGCGCGAAAUUCAAAUUCCAGGCUUUGCGUAAAACUGAAGUGAAACCAAGACCAGAUUUUCUCAGGAUUUAAGACAGCUUGGAAUAUGUAAGCUACUUUCAAAGACUUUUUUAAGUCUAAAAAAGUUACACACUUUUUGAUACUGCAGCUUUGCCUCAGUGACCCAAAUAGUUUGGGACUUUCCACAGCAGAUGUUUACACACAAGGCAAAUGUCUUGGGUUGGUGUAUGAGCCUACCAAUGGCUGUAAGCACUGCUAGGAUCUGCUGUUUGUCUCCUUGGAAGUGACCGUAGUGGAUCAGUGACUGCUGGAAGGUGUGCGUGAUGACAUGGAGUGACAUUUCCAAUGGGUGGAACAGAGCGUCUGUGGUUACUUGCUACUUUAUGCCAGGUGGUCCUCCUGACCUGUGAGAAGCAUUUAAACCCUGUUGAGGUUGAAGUUGUGUUCCAGUCCUUCCCUUCCACUAGAGAUUCAGACACCUACACAGUCACCUGCAGGACUGCAAGUAACCAUCUGGUGUAUGUGGAUCCCAUUGAUCAUUCAGCAUGCUCCCCUGACUGCAAAAUCUCACUGCAGUUGGUCGAGGACCCGAGAGGAUAUAACAUCACACUGAGAGCCAGCAGAAAUGAUACGACUAUUGCGGCAAAGACUUUUCACUUCACCCCAGUCUCCCUGUCCUCCUUCCAUGUAUACAGCACGACGACUACUGCUCUCCUCACGUGGAAACCUCACAAACAACAACAGCUAUCCACCUUGAGUCUUUACGACACUCACACACAAUCUGUCACACACAUCUUAAACAUAAACUCAUCGGAGGAAAACUCUAAGUACGCAGUGAGAGGUCUCCACCCUGGUACACGCUUCAAGGCCAAAGUCGUGGUGAUCACAUUCCUAAAACACCUGAAUAUGAUGAUAAAGCAAGGACUCAGCUUUGGCAUGGAAACAGCUCAGUGCCCUACUGACUGGUUGGCCAAUGGAAGAAGCUGCUACACUGUGAGAAAGACAGGGUUGACCUGGAGCAAUGCCCAGCACAGCUGCAAAAAUCUGGCAGCUGGAAGUCACCUGGCUGAUCUGAAGACCCUGGAAGAUGCGCUUUUUAUAUCCUCUCACCUGCUGAGCCACAACAACCUGCUGCUGUUGUGGACCGGACUUACUGACCAGCAGGAGGAGGGACAUCCUGUCUGGUCUGAUGGCUCAGCCUAUAACCUGACAAACACUAUGUCAUUACUGCCAGCCAAUCAGACAGACUGUUUUGCCUUUCAAAGGAAUGCUACAGGAGCAGGAUACUUUCUCACUCCUUUCUUCUGUAACAUCCCCUUACCCUUCAUCUGCCAGUACCAGAUCCCUCCAGCCCCUGCCUCGUUCUCCUUUGACCUGGUUCAGGUGACAGAGCAACAGGUAGAGCUUCGCUGGAGUGACCUCUCAUCCUUGAACUCUCUCAGCCUCUCAUCCUUUGGGAUAUGCCUCCAGUACCAAGAGGAGGCAGAUGGAGAGUGGGGUCAAGGUGAAGAAGAUAGAAGCAGGAAGUCAGAGGACAUAAAGGGGAUACAGAGCCAGAGAAGUAUAAAAAAAGUUGUCAGGGUCCCAAUUUCCCUCUCCUCCAGGGGGGUAACUGUGGCAGGUUUGUCUCCAGGGAGCGUCUACUCUUUCACCCUCAGAGUCUCUCACCCUGCUGGUGCCACCUGGAUCUUAGGACAAACACGGACUGCGUACACUAGACCUCUUCCUCCUCAAAAUGUCACCAUCAGCCACAUUACCGUCAGUCAGAUUGCUGUUCACUGGAUGCUGACGGAUGCACAGUCAAGGGUUGGAUGGACAUUUGUUGUGCGCUAUGUGGACAUGUCUUCAAGACAACAGAGGAUACUUGGGAUGACCAACAUCUCCAGAUUGUCUGAGACUGGUGGGCUGCAGUCAUACACCGCUGUGAUUGGAGGGCUGGAGUCUUACAGGAAAUACAGUGUUGAAGUUUACACAGUCACCCAGCACGGGAUAGAGAGCUGCGGACAAGCGCUUGUGACUGCACAGACUGCUGUUAGGACUCCCAGUGGUCUGGAGGUAUUCAGCACAGCAGGAAAUCUGACAGUCUGCUGGAAUCAUCCACCAGAUGACCCACCAGAUGGUUAUUACAUCACGUCCCACCCACACAUUUACCCUGCUCCCAUCUCACUGUGGACAAACCAGUCCAGUCCUGGUGUAAACUGGUUAAAUGAGUCAGUGUGUGUUAAUAUGGGCACAUUUACUCCAGGUCAAACUUAUGAAGUUGGAGUUGUCACACUGAGGGGAGAGGACAGGAGCAAGAAGACCAGUGUUACACACACAACAGAUCCAAUGCCAGUCCAGGUGGCAGUCCCUCUUUCAGUGGGCACAAACUCCGCACAGCUGUACAUCCAGCGUCCACAGCUGGGGCUGGUUGACGGAGUUAAAGUGUGUGUAUGUCCAGGAGUGUGUGACACUGUGUGUGAGGGAUUUUGCGGGGACACAUGCGACUGGUACGCCCUCCCUGCCGGUGUUCAUAUCAUAACUGUUGGCAACCUCAGUCCAGGAUCAGAGCAGCAGCUCAGGGUGUACAGUACAAGCCGGGAGCAGAUGGGACCACCUUACUACACCUGCCCCGUCAGAACAAGUCUGGCUCCUCCAAACAGAGUGAGGGAAGGCGUGGUGACGGAUUCAUCCAUAGAGCUGCUUUGGGAUCCUGCGCAAGGACACGCUCACAGAUAUGAGGUCGUCUGCCUCAACUGUGACCAUUCAUACAUGGUGCAGAAGGUGUCCAGUCAGAGUGCAGUGUUUUCUAGUCUGACUCCGGGCAGACUCUACUACUUUGCUGUACGAACAGAGAAGGAGUCCUUCACAGACAGUUCCCCUGUUACCAUUAACAUCACUGCAGCACCCAGCCCAGCAGAGGUGUCUCUUGUCAAUAAAACCACAUCAUCCAUAUGCAUUCGUUGGAGUACGGUCAAGGGAGUUGCGAACGGACUCAUCCUGUCAAUCAAAAACAGAACAUCUAGCCAAGAGCUGAUCAUUUCUCAUCAGGAGGCCAGAUCUUACAGCUUUGAAGGCCUCGCUCCUGGAAGUCUUUAUACAAUUAAAGUGAUUAGCACCAGCGGGGAAAGAAAGAGUAAUCCUGCCACUGUGAUCCUCCAUACGAUUCCAGAGGUGCCACAGGAAGUGACUCUUUCAGAGCAGGUAGUGACAUCUGUGUUUGUCACCUGGAGACCACCACCAGGAGAGGUGGAGUUGUACAAGCUUGUUUUUGGCCUGCAGUCUGUGGACAGGAAAUCAUGGAUUGAAGUGCUUGUCCAGGGCGCACGUUAUGAGAUCAGGGAUUUGAUCCCAGGGUCAGACUAUGGUGUCAGCAUUCAGAGUGUGCUGGGCUCCGACACCAGUCAAGCAGUCCACAAAGAGUUCAGCACACGCCCAGCAGGAUUAUGUGCCCUUCAUUUAGACAACAUGAACUCCUCUUCUGUCUCUGUGAGCUGGGACAGUGCGUUUGGAGAGUUUGACUUUCACAGAGUCACUGUGGCCAACGCCUCAGUCACAAACACACUCACCGUACCCAAGGAGGAGUGGGUUGCCGUGGUUACAGGCCUGGUGGACGGCUGCAGCUACAACGUGAGCGCUGAGAGAGUGAGAGGCAUGACAGCGGGGAGCGCUGCCUCUUUGACUGUAACCACAGUGCCAGCCCGUGUAAGAGGAGUGCGUGUGGUGAAUGUGUCUGCACGUGCAUUCUCGCUACGUUGGGAGCAGGCUGCUGGGUGUGUGGAUCAUUAUCAAGUCAACCUGCUACCAAACCAGGGACAAGUGACAGUGCACCCUGCACGUGAUGGAUUCAUUCAGGCCGAUGUGGUGAAUGUCAGUCCGGGGACACAAUACAGCGUAACGGUCACCGCGGCCUCCUCCUCCUCCAACAUCAGCCCUGGAGUCAGCCGCAUGAUCAAUACUAAUGAGAGCGUUCCUGGUCCACCUUUAGGCCUGGAAGGAGAGGCUGUGGGCUCUAACGGUAUCUUGCUCUCUUGGACCAUGCCGCCGGAUGCCAACAAUAUAGACGGAUAUGUCAUCAGGUACAAGGAGGUGUGUCCCUACCCCGAUCCCACCUUCACCCAGGUGACCAAGUACCUGGACAUACCAGAGACGCUGCUCACUGACUUCACCUCAGGUUCUACGUACCACAUUGAGGUAGCAGCCAUAGUUCCCGCUGGAAUAGGAGCCUUCAGCAAAUCUUUAUACAUAAAGACAGCAGAGUCCCCCCCCGGCCUGGUCACCAACUUGACUGCGUUUGCUCAGAACCACACCUCCGUCAUGGUUACCUGGUUCCUGCCGCACCGCAUCAACGGCCUCAUCACAAAGUUUGCUGUCAAGGCUAAACACGCUCGUACUGGGCAAACGGUCCGCACGCUAGAGGUCAACGCAGAGGACAUCAUGACCGGAGCGUUGCCUCACUGCAAUGAUGCAGCUGAUAUCCUGUCCCGCGCGACUCUUAGUCCCUUGGAGAUAACAGCAUCGUCGUCACCCAUCACCCUCUCCGCUGUGCCCCCUGCAGCUUCCUGGAGUGUGCCCAUAUCUGUAGGAGUUGAUCAGCUACGACCUUACACUGCCUAUCUGUUCGAAGUGUCUGCCUUCACCUCUGAUGGAGAGGGACAGAUAGCCUCCACUAUGGUCCGCAUGCCAGAAUCAGCCCCAGAAGACCCACCACAGAACUUCUCCAUAUUGAAUAUGACGUCUAGAUCAAUAUCUGUGUCCUGGAGCACUCCCAACAUUAUUACAGGAAAAUUCACCUAUGUGCUCUACCUUUAUGGGCCAACAGGAUAUUUGUAUGAGAACAGCACAGCAGACACGCGGUUUUCUCUGACUGGUUUGACCCCCUACACACGGUACACGGUGGCUGUCCGAGCCAAAGCUGCUGGAGAAGUGGGUCCAGCAGCACAGGAUGAUGUAAUUACACCUGCUGAGGCACCCAGUGCAGUACAGGACUUGAUGGCAGAAGCCGAGGAUUCAGUUUCAAUCCGUGUGAGUUGGAGAAUCCCUGCCCAGCCCAACGGUCCGAUCACCCAGUACAAACUGCAGGUUCUGGUUGGCGAGGUUCUGCUGCAGGAAAUCACCCUCCUGGCAGAGAUGAAUACAACUGGUUUGCAUGAAGAUGAGACCGUUCCCCCUGAUGUCCAGGACAAUCCAGGGCGCCGUGUGACAGUUAGAGAGGAGGUGAUGGAGGUUUUGUCUGAGGAGGUGUCUUACUUGGUGUCAGAUCUGAAUCCCUUCACCGAGUACACGUUCAGGGUCACUGCCUCCACAACAGUGGGAGAGGGACCUGCAACAGACAUCACCGAGAAGACAAGGGAGCAGGUCCCAAGCUCAGUGCUCGAAGUUUCCUAUCAAAACAUCAGCUCCACCUCCAUACAAGUAACCUGGGUCCCACCUCUCAACCCCAAUGGGCGGAUCACUCAUUACACUGUCUAUGGCCUCAAACUGCACAAUAAUCAGGCCUUAACAUGGGUUACAAAUACCACCAGCAUAUUGAUAACAGAUUUGGACAAGUAUACUGCAUAUAAGCUACGUGUAGCUGCAUCUACAGCUGUGGGCGAGAGCUCUCUCUCUGAGGAAGACGACAUUUUUGUUUUCACCUUAGAGGACGAGCCUGACUCUCCGCCUGUGAACCUCGCUGUGGUUGACACCAGCCCCUCCACUGCCACAUUAGCCUGGUCUCCUCCAGAACAAGCCAAUGGGAUAAUCCAACAUUAUGAGGUCCUGUAUGAGAACGAGUCCUACUCUGCGUUGAUGAACACGUCUUCUGACACAGUCACUCUGAUGAACCUGAAGCCAUUCACCUACUACAAUGUGUCUGUGAGGGCGUACACACGUUAUGGCCAUGGCAACCAAACAUCUGACACUUUAUACCUGCUGUCUGGAGAAGACGUCCCAGGUAGUCCUCCAUACAAUGUUACUUAUGAGUCGGUCAGUCCCAGCGAGGUGAACGUGACCUGGGAACCUCCUUUAAUGCCUAAUGGGAUCAUUACCCACUACAGCCUAGAGCUGUGGAAUUCCACCCACUACCUAAACCUCACCUCCCUCACCAACUUCAUCCACGUCACACAUCUGAGGAAAUAUGCACGCUAUCGCGUCAUGGUGCAAGCACACACACGUGUCGGGCCGGGAAACCACAGCAGCGAGCCGCUCAACAUCACCACACUGGAGGAUGUGCCAAGUGACUCGGUCCGAAACCUGACUGCUCAGAUCUUCAGCUCCACGACCAUCAUCGUCAGCUGGGACCCUCCCAUGGAGCCCAAUGGCCGCCCCACCUACAUGCUCACCUUACAGGAGGCCGGCACCCCCUUGGACGUAUCCAACCAAGGGGCUCCGGCUGUCAACAAGACCAUCAAGCACAACACAACUGACAAUGUCUUCCUGUUCACCAGACUCAAGAAGUAUUUCCCUUAUGUGUUCACUGUUACCCCGGCAACUGCUGCUGGCGCUGCCUACAACCACACCAGCACGUUGUAUCUGAGAACGGAUGAUGAUAUUCCUAGCUCUGCUCCAUUGCUGGUGUCCACCAGGAAUCUGUCGUCAUCCUCUAUCGAAGUGGUGUGGCAGCGCCCUCUAGAGGCCAAUGGGGAGAUAACAGAGUAUACCCUCACUCUGUUUGGCCCGGGGGGCUCCAACAUAACACAUACCCUCGACACCUCCUUCACCCUCACCAACCUACUUCCAUACACAGCUUAUAACCUCACCAUUACGGCUGCAACCCGCAAAGGCUCAGGGCCUUAUCUGAUGCUGCAGCUGCACACUGAUGAAGGAGGCCCCAUGUCUCCUCCCCGUAACCUGACUAUAUAUAACCACACAGCAGUCUCUGUGUGGCUGAGCUGGGAGCCUCCUCUGGAGCCCAAUGGAGUGGUGAUACAGUACGGCUUUAGGAUCCGAGACCUCAUCACACACACCGUCACACACAGGAACUCCUCUGGCUUGUCGACCACAGAGUAUAUAUCAGGCUUCAGGCCUCAUAGCUCCUACGAGAUCAGUGUUUACAGUUACACCAGAGUGGGCCAUGGGAAUCAGUUCAGCAGCCCUGUGACCUUCACGACUAACGAGUCAGUGUCUGACGCAGUGGGGAACCUGUCUUGCUCAGGAGUGAGCUGGGAUUCAGUUCAACUGUUUUGGGAGCUUCCGGCCAACCCUAACGGGCAGAUCAUAUUUUAUGAGAUUGUAGUGGAGGUGGACUCGCAGUCUUACACACACCAGGCUUACGCACCAGAGUACACAGUGACUGGGUUAUCUCCAGACCAGGAGUACAUGCUCACUGUGGCUGCAGUCAACUCUGCAGGACCUGGAGACAGACUAAACUGUACUGCAUCCACUCUGUCUGAAUCAGCCCCGGCUGCCCCUCGCUUCCUCGCUAUCUCUCAGGUCACACCUAACAAUGUGACACUUGAGUGGGCUCCGCCACUUUCCAUUCCAGGCCUGCUGAAAGAGUACCACGUCAUCGCACAGCUGCUUUCGACUGUUUGUGAACCGAAUACACUAACUACUGCACAGCCGGCCCCAGAGGACGAACUGCCCUCGGACUGUGUGGACUCUAUUGUCACUGUGUCAGUGAAUGCUUCGGAUGGAGUUGAAGGGAAUGAGCACAGCAUCACACUCCAGUCCUUGGCAAAGUACAGAUACUACCGCUUCAAAGUGGCUGCUGUGACCAACGCUGGAGUGGGAGAAUACACGCACUGGAACUACGCACGCACCCUGGCUGGAAACCCUGACGAACCUCCACGUGACCUUAAAGUAACCGCCACCUCCAACAGCCUUCGCAUUGCAUGGGGUGCUCCAGCCAUUCUCUCUGGACCAACUUCAUAUCUUGUGCAGGUGGAUGGCCCUGGUUUAAACAUCUCAACAGUCCGUGCUCCAGGAGAACUGACAACUCUCGUUGUGACUAACUUGACUGCUUUCACUCAUUACUUUGUGACUGUCAUUGCCUUCACUGGUCCUUUGGAAAACGCCACCAGUGAUGGGAAAGCCAUCGGGCCUAUUGGAUUUCAAACACUGGAGGAGGAGCCCAAAGACCCUCCCAAGAAUGUGAUAGUAUCAGUUAUCCCAGAGGAAGUGAACCGUGUGAAGGUGACUUUCACCCCUCCAGAGGAGCCCAAUGGAAACAUAACUGCUUACUAUGUGUACAUCUACGAAAAGGGCCAGCUGGUCAAGAACAUCAGCCUUAAUAUCACCCAACGAGACCAAAACAAUCUGACUGCAGUCAUAGAGGGCCUGAAGGGAGGACACAGCUACAGCAUACAGAUUUCAGCAAAGAAUGGGGCUGGGAGGAGCCCACCCAGCCCGCAUGUCCAGAUAACCACAGGCAUCAGAGCCCCAGCCAAGCCAACCCAAAGACCCCAGGCAGUGCUGGGCCAUGGAGGGGUUGCCAUGGUAACCCACAGGAGUAUCACCAUCCGCAUGCCUGCCUGUUUCUAUAGUGACGACAAUGGACCAAUCACAAAAAUCCAGGUCAUCGUGGCCGAGUCAGGGGUGAAAGACAUCCAGAACUUGACCAACUGGAAGAAUGCAUUUUUUGUUCGUCCUGCCCCUUACCUGACCGACAAGGGGUUUCCCAACCCGCCAUGUUCCAUGUGGGACGGGACGUCGCGCACAGAUGCACACGUCAGAAGUGGUCAUAGUUCAUCCGGAGGCGGGCGGCCCCUGUUGAAGCACAAUCACACUAAUGCAGCAACGUACAUAAUCGGAGGGAACGAUGAGUGUGUUAAGGAGAACAACACUGAUAGUUUCUGCAACGGACCUCUGAAGCCAAACACCGUCUAUGUGUUUAAGUUCAGAGCCACUAACAUCAAUGACCAAUACACAGACUCUGAGUACUCAGAGCACAUCAAGACUGCAGUGGAUGGGCUGUUAACCAGAGAUGAACAGAUCAUUCUGGGCGUUCUGCUCUCCUUCUUCUUGGCAGUGUUGCUCAUCAUUAUCAUCUGUGGCUCCGUCAAGAUCCAUCAGCGCAAGAAGGAGGGCGGGACAUAUUCACCCAGAGAGGCAGAGAUCAUAGAGACCAAGUGUAAACUGGAUCAGCUGAUUGCUGUGGCAGAUCUGGAGCUCAAACAAGAAAAACUGAACCGGUAUUCUUCCUUCUUCUUUAGGCGGAAAGAGAUUUAUGUGAUCCAGCUGCUCAGCUACAGGAAGUCACUCAAGCCUGUCAACAAGAAGUCUUUCCUGCAGCACGUAGAGGAUCUGUGUGCCAAUGACAAUGCCAAGUUUCAAGAGGAGUUUGCUGAGCUUCCAAAACUGCUCCAGGACCUGGCCACCACAGAUGCUGACCUGCCCUGGAACAAAUCCAAAAAUCGCUUCCCCAACAUCAAACCUUACAAUAACAACCGGGUGAAACUGCUGUCAGAACCGGGCACUGCAGGCUCCGACUACAUCAAUGCCAGCUUUGUCUCAGGCUAUCUUUGUCCCAAUGAGUUCAUCGCCACCCAGGGUCCUCUGCCUGGCACAGUGGCUGACUUUUGGAGGAUGAUCUGGGAAACGGGAACCCGCACCAUCGCCAUGCUCACGCAAUGUUACGAGAAAGGCAGAAUUCGGUGUCACAAGUACUGGCCAGAGGACAACAAGCCAAUGUCAGUGUUUAGUGACAUUCUCAUCUCAAAAGUGUCAGAGGAAGUCCUUCCUGAUUGGACUAUCAGAACCCUAAAAGUAGAAAAGCACGGGCACUAUAUUCUGGUUCGCCACUUCAACUACACAUCGUGGCCCGAGCACGGAGUCCCAGAGUCCUGCAGCACUCUCAUUAAGUUUGUCAAAGCUGUCCGAGCUCACAGGCACGACAACACCACUAUAGUGGUCCACUGCAGUGCUGGUGUGGGCAGAACAGGUGUGUUCAUCGCUCUCGACCACCUCAUUCAGCACGUCAGAGAUCACGACUUUGUGGAUAUUUAUGGCCUAGUGGCUGAACUCCGCAGUGAGAGGAUGUGCAUGGUACAGAACCUGGCCCAGUACAUCUUCCUGCACCAAAGUACGCUGGAACUUCUAAACAAUAAAGGCAACAGCCAAUCCAUCUGGUUUGUCAGCUAUUCUGCUCUGGAGAAGAUGGACUCCCUGGAUGCCAUGGAAGGUGAUGUUGAGCUGGAAUGGGAAGAGACCACUAUGUAAAGACUAACUGAGGGACACCUUUGCCCCGGGGGUGAGUGACACUUGUAUGUUUCGAGGUCACUGGGACGUGACCUCUGCACAGACUCUGGACUGGACCAGUUAUAGGGAAGAGGAGGAGAAACAGGAAGCAGACAGCACAGUUUGAACUGAACGAUCUGUCAGUCGACUAAGACUUUGUUGCUCCACUUCAACUCACUUCUCGGCGCAGUCCUCCCUUUAAUGAACCUCUUGUCCAGUUGCUUUUAAAGAGAGCGAGAGAAGCAAAAGGGAGACAAAGAAUGUCAGAAUUGGCAGGGAGAACAGAGCGAAGCGGUGAGGUGACUGUGAGAGCUCUAUCACGUCUGUAAGCCUACAGGUACUUUGCACAAAUUGAUUUCACUGGGUAUUGUAAUUAUUGUAUUAUGUUGAUAUCAUCUAUGUUUUUGUAAGAUAAUUUAUUCAGCCAAAAUGGUGAUUUUUUUUCAAUCUCUUUGUAAUUCUGACUUUGUCAAAGUGUUUGACAUCAUUUCUGUUUUGUUUAUCCUUUCUCAAGAGUGAUUUGCAAAAAUAAAAGCAUCUUGUAUUUUUUCCAGCUGUGACAUUUAGCACUAAAACACUUCCCCGUGAGACUCUCUGGCAUCAAACAGAGCUGUGUCAGUGUAAAAUGAAAUUACAAGUUACCAACUUGCCUGUCUUAUUGCUCAGAGGACAGACUCGGCACCCAUGGAAAAUUAGCUACUUUAAAUCGGACGCAGUCUCACUAUAACACACAACUUGACAUUCCACAAGUGCAAGUCAGAUUCAAUAUUGCUUUCUCAUCCAUUAAUGAAUG